AUGGAUCCUCACGAAUGGCGCGAGAGCGUUCUCUCUACGCGCUCCCUCUCCUACAUCAGCCAGGCCGGCAGCAUGCAUCAUCCUCCUCUCGCGCAGACCGGACCCAGUAGCCGACAACACAGCAUCACGAACCUGCGCACGCCGACGCGGAGGAGCACGUUGAACAGUACGAGCGAGUAUUCGGAAGACGACGACCUCGAGAUGGUGGACGUGCAUCGGGGGAAAGAGAAAGAGAAAGAGAGGGCCGCUGCGCUGAAUGAUAUCCCCGAGUUGCCAGAGAGUGUGGCCGGCUCGCUGCUCUUUGAACUUCCGCGAGAGAUCAGGGAUCGAAUCUACGCAUUCUGCGUCACUUCACGAGAUGGAUUGCCGGUCGAGUGGCCUCGUCCGCGCGAUGCGCCGGCACGCUACGGCAUCCAGGCGCAGCUCCUGAGGACGUGCCGGAUUGUACACGAUGAAGCUGCCUCCUUGCUAUACACCCUCAACAAUCUGACCUUCCACCAUCCCUCCGACGCCAAUAUGUUUGUGCAUGCCUUCGCAUCCUCGCCCCUGUACGGCCGUCAAGUCACCAACCUGAGCCUCCAUAUCAAAGCCCAGGACACACGCAUGUGGAUGCCCUAUCUGACCUCCACCGACCAGGUUCGCAGCCUGAGGGCAGACUACCCCAACUUAAAGGAACUCGGCGUACGUUUCCGGAGCAACAAGUGGCAGCAUCAGAAUCCCCCCGAGGCGAAUCUCAAACAAUGGUCCGAGGACAGUCGGCUCGAGGAGGUCAUGAGCGGCCUUCGCCACGCAUUCCUCCCCAGCGAUCCGCAAGAACGAACUCCGAUCAACGAGAGGGAAUUCCAAGAGUACAUCGCCCGCAACGCCGCCGCCUUCCGUGAUGCCGCGGAGAACACGCAGCUCCGCAAGCGGUUGAUGGAACUGCACAAGGCGCGCGCAAAGUACACGGCGCCGCGCCAGGACUCACCCGCCAUCCGGCUGUGCUGUGCGUGUCGAGUGCACCCAACGCAUUUCAACGCCCUCACCGUCUCGCCUCCGACGACUCGCCUCCCUCCCGCCUCAGUCGCCGACCUCGGCCCACCCCAUUUAACACCCCCUACGCCCGUCAAAGAAGGCGAGCCCUUCCGCGGCUUCAACGCCAUCGAUUUCCAAAACGGCGUCAAAAGACUGCACGACCCCGACCUCGGCUCCGCGCAAGUCGCCCGCACGCCCUACGCCAACAAGAAGGGCAUCCUGCUGGCGCUGGAAGUGCACUGCUUGGACCCCAAGAAGGACGCCGCCGAGCGCGCGGCGUGA